AUGCAAGAAAAUCAAAAGCCAGCCGGCAACUCGACUGGCUCUCGGAAGAGAUUCCAAGCCAGCGACCAACGUGUUGAAUCUUCCACAGAAAGAAAACCGCUUACCCAUUCAUCCACUCUGCUGAGUGGACUGGGUCUUGAUUUGAAACCCUCAUAUCUCCAGCCUGGAAACGCCUUUGCCCUGAUGAAGCCCAUUGCCGCUAAUGGAACCAAGCUGCCACGCAGAAUCAGUGACACUAUCCCCACCGACAACCUUCAACGUCCUCGAACCCUUCGGAAGAUGUCGAGCCUCGACUACGAUGAGGAACUCGCACUUCCCAUGCCUAAACCUCGUCAUAUGAAACCUGACUCGGACAACAUUCCAAAUCCAUUUGAAGAUGAUACCGAAAGAUCCAAUGUCAUGAAGAAACGUUUCCCCACUGACCCUUUUGUUUCUACGGCACAUGCUACACCUGAGCCAAGCAGCCUUCCAGAUGGCCCCGAUAGCAAGAAGAAAUCACGGUUCGAGAUGAUCAAGUCAAAGCUCAGCUUCAAGGACUUGCGAAAGGAAAUCAACAAGGAAGAUCCGGCUUUUCAUUCCCCCAUGCCACCGCCCCAUGCCCUCAAUGAAAGUUCUAUUGCCACCUUGACAUCAAACGAGGGAGCCAAAAUGAAAGCUAAGAUGCAACCACCUACAAUGGUACGAUCUACCACCUCCAGAACCCUGCACCACUCUAACAAGAAGCUUCCUUUGCCUUCUUCCGGAACAUUCUCGAAUGGACAAGUGCCCAAGACAACAAUUGUCAGGGAGGGAAGUCGUCGUGUCAGCUCCAUGGGGGAUAGACCUCCGUCUUCCACGAGCCCCUUUGACAUGAAAGUGGUAUCAACCCCAGGACAUUCCACCCCGACUCCAGUUGCCCCUGAAAGACGUCGGCCGGCGGUUGCCAUCCCUACUUUUAACCCAACCAGCAAGCCUGUGUUGCUCAACACCGCAUCCGUACCGAAGAAUCCCGUGCCAGAUGACUUGUCUCCUAAUCUCAGAGAUUUGACUGAGGGCGAUGGAAAAGUCAAAUACCUUCCAAAGACUUGGCUUGAUGGGUCAAUCCGCCCAGUCUCUGACGGCAACCCACAAACCCUUACCAUCCUUCCCCCAACUUUCUAUUCCGACCGUGACUCUCCUGUUGAGUCUCUCCCCAGCUACCUUCCGUCGCUCACAGAGCGUUUGGACAAUCUGGAUCUCUCGCACAAGAAUGCUCUCAGUGAAGGCCAAAAUUGCAGCACACCUAUCCAAAUCGAUGAGAUUUUAGACAUGGUCAAUUCCAUUCAGCGCAAGGUAGAUAGUGGAGCUAUUAGUAUGAACAGAAAGCUCGAAGAGCUUUACGCCUGGAUUGGCGAUCAACUCCAUCAUCAAAUCCAGAACAGUGGGGACUUGAGCCGUACCAACUCCGAUCUGGCCUCGAAGCAAUCCCAGAUCUCCCGGGAAAUGAUGAAGUUCCAACUUGAUAUACGCUUAGAUAUUGGCACUAUGGAGCGACGGCUGAAUAUCUUUGAGAACAGGAUUAUUGAUGAGAUGCAACAUGAAGUCCGCUCACUUGCCAGAUCUUUCGAUGAACUGAAACGAAAGACGGAGGCGAUGAUUGAAAAGCACUCCCUCAAUGACAACCAGAGCUUUAUCAAUAAACAAGUGCUGAAGAACAUGGAGAUUGAACGAGAGAUUGCAUUCCUUAAGGCUCUCCAACAAAACUCGUCUUUGCAGCAGGAACUUGGUCCCUUCGCUGCUAAAAGAAUCACUCCUCAGCGAAGCUUUUCUAGCAACGAUAGUUGCGAACCCUUGAUCAAGCCAGCCUUGCGCGCGCAUCCUUCUUCCCCUGAAGCUGCUCUCUCCCUCUUCGAAAAUGUUCCGACCACCCCCAAGCAGAUUCUGGCUAUGCCCAGACGUACUCUCGCCACUCCCAAAAACAUUCGUACCACUCCCAAGGAAUCAACUACAACCAAGGAAUCCACCCCUAAGGGAGUCACCCCCACUCCCAAAGACAUCCGUCUAAGUUCUGGAUGUCACCCUCAAGUACUUUCAAUGGUGGAGAAUAAAGCCGGCGGUCUACUCCCACGCAGCGUCUCCAUCACCGGAAAGCAAUUCAUGAAGGGAAUCAAAGACAUUGCUUCCAUCGCGCCCGACACGAACACCGACCUGGGCAAACUAAAGAGCCACGAGGAAUCUAAGAAAUGGAAUCUCUUCGGCAUGCGCUCCCGCCGUCACCAGGACAGCAGCUCCAGCGGCAGCAGCGCCAAAUUCUACUGGUCCCCACGCAACCGCCGUACCAAGGAAAUUGAAGGAGAAGAAGCGACAACACGGUCACGCUCUUCCACUCCUCCCAUUCCACCUAUUCCUCGCAACUCUUGCGGUAACCAUGUCCGCUCCAUCGAACGCGUUCCUACUCCGUUCCCGGCUACCAUGGUGGAACACAUGCCUAAUCAGUACUCGGCUAAGAUGAUCGAUCCUGUGUUCUCGGUUCAUCCUGCGCUGCGAAGCCAAAUUCAUGGCCCUCAUGGUGCAUCGGCUAGUUCUUACGAGACUGCUCAUGAAACUGGGGUGGGGAAUCUUGAGCAGACGAUUGUGGAUAGUGAUCUUUCUGGUUUUACUGAGUCUCCCUGUCUGGGAUCUGGUGAUGUUGGUGGUAAUGCUGGUUCGGCUGUAGAUGUGACCCCCACGUUGAAGACGGGUGAGGUUGCAGUUGCGAAUAUGUCGCCGAGUACUAUUGUUCAUUGUGGUAGUGGGGAUGAUCAGAAGAAUGUUGUUCUUGAUGCCUUGCAGGAUUGGGACCAUGUCUCCGUUACUGAGACUAAGUCGACUUGA